AUGACCACAAAUUCAGUGAAUUUGGUUCACAUCGUCUCCGAUGACAAAAGCGAUUCAAUUCACUACAUCUGGUCUUCAAUCACAGGCUUUCCGCCGACACUUGUGAUCGCGAAGACUGAUCCCAACGUCAAUCUGACCGUUGAUUGGAAGGCAUUAGUGAACAAGAAAUCACAUGAAAAGGCCAUUAACUUCACUAAAGAGCCGUUGAAUUCAAUGGCACUUCAAUUCACACGACUCUUCGUAUUCAACGACGUGAAGAAUAACGGCAAAUACGAUAACCAAACGGAUCCCACGCUUGAUAUCGAUUGGCACACAUUUAUGUGGUCUAAUGUGACAAUCAGUGGAUCCGAUAAGACGAAGUCGAUUGAAUUGCACUUUACAAACACUAGUAGUUAUAACGCAAGCGUUUCUUUCGACUUAAAGGUGGACUCGAGUGAUGGCAGAGACGAAGAGUUGCCUCAUUUGGCGUUUACUGACAAAAGUGUUUCAUUGAAAUUAAGUGUAAUCGGACUCAAGACAGACAAAGUGUUAAAUCAAAGCCAAUUCAAUGACGCCAAUCGUCCCCGACUUAUGGCCGAUAUUUUGGUCGUUAAUGACAUGAAAGACAAGUCCAAUAAGAAGAUUGGUUUCGAAACAAUCACAUCCAUUGACGACGAAUACACGCCCGGACGAAUUCAUUUAGAAUUGGAUACAAAUAAAGAGUCUAAAGAGUCGGACGACGAGAGGAAGAGUUUCAUUCAAUGGAAGCCAAUCGCAUACAAUUCUAACGACAAGAUUAUCGCAAACACUUUGGAUGUGAUUCCCUCCGACCCGACGAUUGCCAACAUAAGUGAUUUCACCGAAUAUAAUAGCCGUCUAUUGGAGGCCUACUUCAGCGAU